CAAGUGACAUCAGUGGUGGUCUACUCUCAAACGUCAGCGGACGUUAUAUUAAAAUUGUUUGCGUACCGAGACAUCAAAGACAGUCCAAUAGAUUUCGGCGAGUUUUUCACCUCAAGAAACCGAUUGAGUAUAUUAAGUGUGCCAAUAGUGAGCAGGGGCAAUAUUCUCAACAUAUUCUAUGUGUUCGCAAACUCCAUGUGGACUCUCAUAUUAAUGGCAUUCGUAAUGAAUUCAUUCAUCAAUUCAGUGGUUAUUAAAGACUAUUGGAAUCGUUUGGGAGUUGUCUUCGACUACUUCGGUGUACUCGUCGGCCAAAGCAUUGAUAACAUGAUAUUUGCCGCAAAUAUUUAUAUAUUUCAGAUUCACAUCAAUAUAUCCAUAGGCUUUUGGUUGAUCACAACAUUCGUGUUAAGACUCAUGUUUACCAGCGAUAUCGAGGCCUCCAUAUCCGCCAAACGGACCUUAUAUUUGGACUCAAUUGAGCAGUUGGUUGAGCGGCCAGACAUCGUACCGCUCAUCAAAGCCCAGUCCAAUGCCUACUACAUGAUCGCCAAAGAGUACAAAUCGCUGACCAAUAGGUUUGUGUUCAUCAGCCAUUCGGAUAUGUUCAGUGCAAAUGUGAUCAGAAAACUGGUGGAGGAAUCGCACGCACUGGUGGCCAGUGAGCAGUCGGUUCGGCAGGUGAUGAGCUAUCACAACCGCUAUCCCUGGCAUUUGUGCCAAAACAGUAUAUACCCGCAAAUUGUCACCUUUCCCAUGAGAUACAGCCUAAAGUCGCAACUCAAACAUAAAUUAAACCGAUUUUACCGAUAA